GCCAGCUUUUUAGUCCUCUGGUUAACGCGAGCAAGUACACUUCGGAAUUGAAAGAAAGAAAAAGAAAUAAAAGAGAAUAAGAUUUCCAGUAAAUUGAAAUUUCGCGUACGUUUAUCGGUGACCAUUAAUGGAGUGUCAUCGCGAGGGAUUGACGUGACAAAUUGUCACCGGUCUCUUCUUAUCACCCGGCUUCGCAGACAGAAACAAAUCAAGGAUUAAAUGAGUACUGUUUAAAAUGGACAGAAAAAGCCUCGGAGUAUCGCGAAUUUUCGUGUGUUGUUCGAAUGUCAUUUUUUUGAUAUCGGGUUUCGCGUUGAUGUCAUUAGGAGCAUUGUUGUUAGCUGACGAUGAACGCAUAUUACUGUCGCGUUUAUUGGGACCAGGCGAUAUACACCCCAAUCAACCCUUGUUUUACUACUUGGCUUUCGCAAUCGUUGGAUUAGGCUUCCUAAUUACGCUCACGGGUCUCCUAGGAUGUUGGGCUAGUUGCAUCUACAACCGAUGCGUUACAAUUUCUUAUCUCAUCACGAUAACUCUGCUGUUGUUUGGCGAGUGCACAGUUUGCGUUCUGGUGGUGUUUUGGCCUCAUGUGUUGGGUAUCGAUGUCAGAUCAGCGAGAUUGAUACGCGCCCUGCAACGCAGCUAUGCUGUUCCUGGUCGCGAGCAAUUUACAGCAGCCUUGGAUCUCGCUCAAACCACGUUUGCUUGCUGUGGUAUCAACGGAAGCAGCAAUUACGGCACCUCGUGGUGGCGGCUGCAGGAAGUCGGCCGAAGAGAAUUAGUGGUGCCUCUCAGUUGCUGCACCCUGAAUAACGCCAACCAGACCGACUCCUUCCUCAACCCUGAACCUGCCAAUCUUACUCUCUGCCAGGCUUUGAACCCUGCCGAACAUCAAUACGCACGACACACCACGGGUUGUUUGGAGAUGUUAGAGAAAUGGACGCAAGAUCAAGCACUGAUACUGCUCACCGUCGGGUUGGCGGUGAUUUUCGUAGAAGUGGGCGCACUUUUGAGCACGUUCUUCGCCUGUUCGCGUGGAAAUAGACGGGCCAAGUCGCAGGCGUCGACGUUUACGUCCACGCAAACUCUCAGUCCAUUCACCGAGAGCGAUCACGAUUUCGGGCUUGGGAUCGAGAAUCGAAUGCACGUGGCCGGGACGACGUUCGGUGCUAAAUCAUGAAGGUGGCUAGAGGGCAGCGAGGGUAAACCAACGA